CGGUUUGUAAGAUUGUAAAACGCGUGUAGCAACGUCGCUUUAUGUGACACGGUGCAUAGACGAGGAUUUAAUACAAAACUGUGGCACACGUGUAACCACGGCUGAGCACAACCCUGUUACCCAAAAACAUCAACGAGCGCCCCCCAGGAACUGGACUGAAGAGUUAAAAUGGCGGCGGCCUUAGCAGCGAUACCAGAGCAGGCGAAGAGAGAAAUGACAACAUGCUCUUUGGAAGCUGCUCAUACGACCGGACACGGUACCGAGUCUUUGACGGCGGCUUCACGGACACUGCAGGACCAUGUAGCGGAUUUCCUGGAAGAGAAAGGCGCCGACUUGAUGUGUCCUAAGAGCGUUGGUGACCUGAUGGAGAAACUGAGUGAACACAACAACUCAGUGAAGGAGCAGGUGCUGACUGUAUCGGGUGUGCUGCCUCCUAAAGUUUCUGCAGCUCUAUCUGCUGUAGAGAAUGCCAGAUGUUCCCUGGAGACCCUGCUGGAGAGAGAGCAACUUACUAUCAACAUGCUGCACAAGCACCUGCAGGAAGCCCAGCCCUGGUUGGAUAACCUCAGACAGACGUGUAACCAAGUUGACGUUAUAGAGAGACAUGUGAAAUACUUAAGAUGCCUUCAACACAUAGAGGAACUCAGUGCUACAGUCCAGCAGUGUUUGAUGACCAGCAGUGCCUGGGAAGCCAUAAGGGCAGUAGAGAGGAUGGCGGCUCUGGACCACGGACUAAACCAGUCUGGAUGUUCUCAUCUCCAGAACUUCCUUCGAGAAACGCUUCAGUUCUGGCAUAAAAUCAUAAAGGACAGACUUGCCAGCGAUUUUGAGAAAAUCCUCACUCAGCUUCACUGGCCGAUCAUCUCCCCUCCUACUCAGUCAUUGGCUCCAACUGUGAGCUGUCAGGAGAUCAGUAGCCAGCUGGAGCUGCUUAUUAGACAACUCCUUGCCCUGCAAACCCCUGAUGAUCUCAUAUCUCAGAGGACUUCAGACUCAGGUGAAGGCCUGCCGUCUCCCCAGCUUGUUUCUUCAGUCACUCCUCUGUCAAAAGCUUCUCCGCUUUGUCUGCCCAUCCAGAUCAUGCUGCUGCCUCUCAACAAGAGGUUCAAAUACCACUUCUAUGGGAACCGGCAGACCAACUCCCUCAGUAAGCCAGAGUGGUACCUCACACAGGUUCUGAUGUGGAUGGGAAACAGCUCCACCUUCAUGGAGGAAACAAUCCAGCCCAUCCUGGACCGAGCGGAAGUAUCAAUCAGUGCCAAGGUGGAGCUGUGUCGAGGCCUGCUGUCUCUAGUCCAAGAGAAAGUGGCCAGUGAUGCUUCUAAGCUGCUCUAUGAUGAUGUGCUCUUCUGUCACUUGAUGGAAGAGGUGCUGCAAUUUGAGAAGGAGCUGCGAAGCAACCUUUCAUACCCAGCAGUGCUACCUGGGGUGCUUCAUCUCUUGCUUGAGGAUGCAGUCCUUCAGAAGUGGCUGACUAUGGAAAAGAAGAUGGCAGUGGAGAAGAUGGAUGCCAUGCUCUCGGCUGAAAGAGCUUGGAGCUCUCAGUAUAAAGAUAUCAGUGAUAUGGAUGACCUGAAGGCUCCAGACUGUGCUGAGACUUUCAUGACUCUGCUGCAGGUCAUUACUGAGCGGUACCGGACCUUGCCUUGUCCUUCUGCACAACUGAAAUUUCUGGGGCUACAGAAAGAACUGGUGGAUGACUUUCGCAUACGACUCACUCAGGUGAUGAAGGAGGAAUCUCGUUGCCCACUGGGUGUCCGGUAUUGUGCCAUCCUUAAUGCUGUCAACUACAUUUCCACCAUCUUGGGGGACUGGGGAAACAAUGUGUUUUUCCUACAGCUGCAGCAGACAGCAGUUUCUGUUGGUGAAGAAGCUGUACUCGGAGGCCUAGGUGUAAUGGAGGUGGGUCGCCUAGCUUCUCUGGAAGGCUCUCUUUUUGACGGUCUGUUAGCACUGCUGGAUCGACUCAAAGGAGACAUGCUGGGAAGACUGCUGGAUUUUCUCAUGAGAGAAAUCAAAGAAAAAGCCAAACCAUAUUGCCAGGAAAGGUGGUUGUCACUGCCACCACAGCAAGACCAGUCAGCCAUGACCCUGUCCAGUACAGCAUGUCCCAUGAUGCUGUGUGUGAGGGACAGGCUGCUGAACCUUCAUCAGGUCCUCGGCUUUUCUCUGUUUCAACUGGCUUGGCAAGGCCUGGCAGAAAGACUCGACAACUUUCUGUACCAAGAUGUGAUCCUGUGUAAUAACUUCAGUGAUGGUGGAGCAGCUCAGCUUCAAUUUGACAUGACCAGAAAUUUAUUUCCUCUCUUUGGUCACUACUGCAAAAAACCAGAGAACUUCUUUAAGCAUGUAAAGGAGGCAUGUAUCAUCUUGUGUCUUAAUGUGGGAUCUGCUAUUCUGCUAAGGUCUGUCCUUAAAGAACCUGAGAAGAUGAGCGAUUGGUCCGUUGCAGGGGAUCCUCCUCCAGAGUCUGCACUGAACGAGUUAGGUGUUCAUUGUUUGGCUCCGUGUGACGUGUUGAUUCUCCUCUCCCUCAGAACCCCGUGCCCAGGACAAUAGCAUCCCUCCAGGCAGGGUUACUGUGACUCUGUGGAGCGCUCGGAUUUGCUUGGCUAAUUUUAUUACUAUAUUUUGGUCAUUAGCAUUUAUGUUCCUUGUAGCUGGGGUCAUGUACCUAGUUGUAUAACUUUGUUUGUGUUCAGUAAGUUUGAAAAAUGAUGCAGUAAUGCCAAAGGACACUUUAAUGGAUGUGACCUGAGUUAACUGUAUAAAUAAACUCAGCUUGCCUAAAACGGCUCUUCUUUGAGUCCUGUGUUCACCUACAUGUCAGAUCAGUCCAGUAUGACCUGAAAAUCAAGACUGAGCUUUAUUCAUUUAGUUUACACACACACACACACACACACACACACACACACACACACACACACACACACACACACACACACACAGAGCACAGAGGCACUAAUCACGGCAACACAGGAACAAGCUCUAAGCAGGGUGCACGAUGCCAGCAGGCAUACACGGAGCACCAUAACCAAGUGGCUGGCGUAGUAUACAGGAACAUCUGUGAGUACCUCCUGUAAGUCCUGAGGUCAAAAUGGGACACGUCCCCAAGGGUGGUCAAGAACAGCAGACCUACGUGAUGCCAACAUUAAGAAGAAGGAACACAAGAAGCCUGAGAAAUACCAAGAGCUCAGAGAGGAGUGGCUCCAGCACAUUCCAGGAGCAUCUGAGAUCUCUGCCCAGAAGAGUGCAGACCUGGGAGCAGCUGAGAGACUGCACAGGCCUCUGGUAGAGGACAAAGACCGCCCGCAUAGCGAGUGGGGAAUGAAAAUAUGUAUGCAAUGAUUCAUAAUCCUGUGCCCUGCAGGCUUUGCUAAUAAGAAAGGAUUUCUUUAAAAACACAAUAUGCAAUGUUUUGGAAAAUCAUUUUAAUUUUAGAAUUAAAUCAAAUGGACUUAUUUGACUUUAAAGCAGAUUAAUUUGUAACUUCCUGUUUGUUUUCU